AUGGCGAAGCCGUCGGUGUCGGACUGUGGAGACGCCUCCCUCGCGGGGGCGGAGCAACCUUCGUCUCCAGCCGCGCCGCGUGUCUCUGCCUUCGAGGGCUCCGGGAUCGCCACGGUGGGAGGAGAGGCGCCAGUUGAGCAGAAUCCCGACGAGAAGUUCUGCGUCGAGAAGAGUGUGUUGCUCUGUGAGUCGGUCCUGUGGGAUAUGCUGGAGAACUACUACAAACAAAUGGCCAUCACGGCUUGGGCGCAGGACUACGUCCCGAGCUUCGUCACGAGCAACUCGCGUCUCUGUCGGUCCUACGCCCGCGUCAUCUUCAACUUCAUCCAGGAUCUCUCUGCGAUGCAGCAGCAGGAAGGCGCGCGCGACCGCAAACACGGCGAGGCGGACUCUCUGUCUUCUCGCGUGGUUAUCGUCGAAAUCGGCGGCGGCCACGGACGGUUCACGUACCUUCUUCUGCGCGCGCUGCUGAGGUAUCGACACCUCUUUCGCGACCUGGGCCUCCCCGAAAAACCCUUCCUGUACGUUUUCUCCGACGUCGCCGAGGCCAAUGUCACGUUCUGCUCCAAACACCCCGCGUUCCAGUCCUUCAUUGCAGACGGCUGGCUCGAUUUUGCGGUGUUUGACGGAAACGACAAAGAGGCACGCAUCCACCUGACCUGCAGCAAGCAAACGGUCCCCCUUGGCACGCCCAUCGUCGCAGUGGCAAACUACGUCUUCGACUCUCUCCUCACCGACGGCUGGAGGGUGACUCCAGGCGAGAACGUCGAAUUCCACCGCGCGGCCGUGUCCGUCUACUCGCCGCAAGUCGAGCCAGAUCCCACUGCGGCGGAUAUUAUGCUUCGCAUGAGUCUGGGCUGGGACUGGCUACCCGUGAACUUGGACGAGGCGUGUCGUCCGGUGGAAGCGGAAGGCAAGGCUCAGCCAGGAGGCGCGCGGCGCUCCGCGUACCUGCGCGAGGAUCCCACGAUCCGGCAAGUCCUGACCAAGUACCGCGAGCUCAACAAGACGCUCUCGUUUGUCUUGCCGGUCGGGGCUUUCUCGCUCUUUCGGAAUUUGCUUCGCCUCAGUGGCAACCGCCUCUUUUGUCUCAUCGGCGACAAGGGCUACCCGACCGCAGACGAAUUCGUUGGCGAGCGCGAUCCCCACAUCGCCAUCCACGGCUCCAUCUCCUUCAUGCUGAAUCUGCAUGCAGUCCGGCUCUAUUUUGACGCGCUGGGCGGUUUCUCCCAGGCAACGCCGUACAGAGACACCUUUCAGGUCACCGGCUUGUGGCUGUGUGGCCAAGAGAGCGACAUGCCCCGGUCUCGGGCUGCUUUUCUCGACGACUUGGAAGACAUGGCGCCCGACAGCCUCAUCCAGUGGCAACGGUCUUGCCAAGACCUCGUCAGCAGCGGCGGAGACACCGGUGUGAAGAUCAAGGAGUUGAUUUCGCUGCUCCGUUACUCGGGCCACGACGCCGACGUCCUCCUGAACUUCAGCUCGGCAUUCACGAGUCAGUGCGUGCAGCCAUUCAUCAGCUUGCGAACCGAGCAAGACAUCCUUUUCGACCUUGACCAAGUGUACAAGAACUGGUACAAGCUGAAGAAGGGCGAAGACGUCGCUGACCUCUGUGCGCACAUCUGCAUGCGCCUGGGAAGAUGUGACGCAGCCGUCAAAUACCUCCAGGGGAGCAUCGAUGCUUGCCCGGAAGGGCUCCACAGCGCGACGUUCGUCAAUCUCGCGUCCUGCCACAAAGUCCUAGGAAACAUCGAGGAAGGCAUUGCCUGCUGUGAGAAGGCCCUCGAACUUCAGCCGGACUACGCCCAAGCAAAGGAGAUGCUGAUGACCCUAAAAAUCUGCCAAAACCCCGUCACCGUCGCUCUUGUCGGCCUCGGAUACUGGACCAAGUACGAAGCGAUCCACCUUCUUCGGCGAGACCGCCGCAUCAAAAUCGCCGCCGUCUACGGCUUCAAGCAGUCUGAAGCCGAAGCCUUCGAGUCGUGUCUGGGUUUGGACAACAUCAGCGUUUACUGGGGUUCUGCGGGGCUGAAGGAUCUGCUUCAGCGCGAGGAGAUCCAGGCUGUUGUCCUUGACGUCCAUGGCGAACUGAUGCCGUCAUUCCUGCCCAAGGUCUUCGAGUCGGGAAAGCACGUCCUGUCACGCUCGCCCCUCGGCCUGCGCGUGGAGACCGGUUGGAAACUGAUAGAAGCCUACAAACCCUUUGCUUCGCGUCUCGUUUGGCAUGCGGUGGACAGUGCCCGCACAGAGGAGGCCUUCUACGAGGCGCGCAGGGCCAUUGCGGAGUUGGGGAAUGUGACGACGAUCACGGUUCACUGCGCCACAGAUCUGUUCAUCAGUGCCCCGACCAAAGCGAGCGAUGGAUCGCCGUGCUUCCCCUACGACGUGAAGGACCACCUGGCCCUCGAGCUUCUCCGCUGCAUCUCUGCAAUCCGAACCAUCACCGGCGAACAGCUGGUCGGCGUCGCUUCGUUCUUCGGAGGCGACUCUCAGCUCCCGGCCCGUGCUGAAGCUGGAGAGAAGGAAGAAAACGGAGGCGAAAGAGAAGCGGACAGUCAGAAGAAGGCGACGAGGCUCCGGAGAGACGCUCCUCGCCUCACCGGGUGGCUCCAGUUCACCGGGACGCACUGCUCCGAAUACCCGGAGAUUCCUGCGACCUUCAUGCUCACGAACUCUGCCGGGGACAAUAGCCUCAAGUACACGAUCUGCUGCGCCCGCGGCACACUGGAGAUCUCCAAGAGCAUGUCGGCGUGGCAGUUGAAGACAAUCACAGACGGUUGCUCGACGUCUCAGGCGGUCCAGAGUAUUGGCCACCAAAACAGCCACGACGCUUGGCUGAUGGACCUCUACCCUUUCCUUUAUGAGAAGAAAGCAACUCAUUCCUCCUACGAAGAAGAUCAGCCCCUCGUCGACGUUACCGUCAAUGCGGCUCUCUCUGAUUGUGCCACCAUGGACGCGAUACUCACCUCCAUUCAGAAAGGAGGCUUCCCCGUUCGUUUCGCUGUGAAGAAAGUUGGCACGGAUAAAGUGGGGAAACACGUCACGGCUGCGCUGGAAACAGCGGCAUAA